UUUCCUGAUUUUUUUCCAGACCCUCCCCCUUGUUGUAGUCGUGGGAUUAGGUACCGCCCUUUCUGCUACUUACACAGCAUACUGUCUUUAUACAAGUCCAGAUAUCAGACUGUGGAGACGCCAGCGGUUACCCCGAUACGAACAAGUUGAUCCAGCAAAAAGUAAAACUGUUUGGACAGUAAAGCCUUUGACACAAAGAACUGGACCAGCCAAGGAAAUGGAAGUUUUAGCUCACGAAGCCAUAGGACCACACCAAUAUUUAUAUGGCACAGAACGUCAGAAAUAGAGGACACACUAUAGAAGAGCUACUUAGUGAUUAUAUUGUAGUGAUAUUGGUCUUUCGUCUCAUAACUUUAUAGUUGGCAUGUAAAGCAACAAUUUUUUUAUGAAAUGAAAUCAACAGACAUAUCUUCUAUAGUCAGGUUUUUUGCAUGUACAUGUACUUAUACAGGUGCUGAAAUGUUUUGUGUAAUUCUACAAAAUUGUACGAUCAUAUUUGCUUCAUUUGAAAUCAAAAUUGCCUUUUUUUAAUUGAUCAAAAUAUGUAUUUCAAUUCAUUUAUAUUCAGAUUUUUUUCAAAAUUGUUAUGAAGAACAAUUUACUUUAAUGUUCAAAGUUACUUUUUGUCAUUGUAAGUUGUAUGUCAUAUUAAUGUUGACUCUUAGUCUUGCAAGACAAGGGUUAAAGAUAUCACUCUUUCAAUUAGAAAAGGGGAAAUGAAUUAAGAUUAAAUACCCCUAAAGUAUGUUCAUUCUUAUCUGUACCUGUGUGAC